AUGGACUACAGACAUUGUCAUGUUGCCAUAGACAAAUGUACAUAUGCCCAGACCUGCCUCUCCCUCCUUUCUUCUUUUCGGCUUGUGCACUUCCUCUCUAGCCAUCCCCGGUGGCCAUGGCUCCGCCUCACUACCAGCUCUGGCCGCACAAUCAAAAACAGCCCAAUCCUUUCAGUUGGCGAUGGGAGCGGCGAUUGCCAAUUGAAUAGCUGCUAUUUGGAGCCGAAGAGGAGAAAGCUGGAGGAACGGGAGUUUUUGGAGAAUAAUUCCCAGAUAUCAUUCAUUGAUUUUCUGGGAGUGCAAGUAGUCUCAACUGGGUUGGGCCUUUCCCUAGACAAUAGCCUUCUGGCUUCAACCAGCGACUCACCUGUCCUCGCUCUUAUUGAUGACGACAUUGAUCGUGAGCUACAACGGCAGGACGCUGAGAUUGAUGCAUUUCUCAAACUUCAGGCCCUCGAAGUCGUCAUAACUCACAUGAUUACCAGGUUAUUUGGCAAGAUAACGUUGAUCCUGAGAACAUGACAUAUGAGGAGCUCCUGAGAGACUGGCGGGUUAGGGCUGCCGUUGAGCUAGUGAGAUUACCCUGUGAGAAGGGUAAGAUUUUAUAGUAGCGUCAGAGUUAUUUUGUGUUUGACCUUAGAGAUAUUUGGAUGUAUGUGAGGAUGUAUAGAAUGCUCUGGUAUUAUAUUUUAUGAUUGGAUGUUUGAGAUUUUAUGUUUACUGCUACUAGGUUUUCCGCUAUGUUUGACAGGUGUCCCCGCUACCCACGGGUUCGGGUUGACCAUUUUAUUUAUUAUGUGAUAUUUUAUGUUAAGAAAUUGAGGGACGUUACAAUGACUCUAUUAAA